AUGACUACUCCUCCUGAGUCACAAGAUAAUUUUGACCAGUUCGACGAAGAAGAAACUGAACAGCAACUGGGGGCUACUGCAUCUGGGCGUAAAAGGUUGUUUAGCAAAGAAUUAAGAUGCAUGAUGUAUGGCUUCGGUGAUGACCAGAACCCUUACACUGAAAGUGUGGACUUUUUAGAAGAUCUCGUUAUUGAAUUUAUUACAGAAACCACACAUAGGGCAAUGGAAGUAGGUCGCACAGGUAGAGUACAAGUAGAAGACAUCAUUUUCUUAGUUCGAAAAGACCAGCGCAAAUAUGCCCGUGUCAAAGAUCUACUAACAAUGAAUGAAGAACUAAAGAAAGCGAGAAAGGCCUUUGAUGAAGUUAAAUAUGUUGAAGAUCAACAAUAA